AUGGAGACGUCUGGUUUUACGGAAGAACAGAUGACAGUGCGAGACGCAAUAUUCAAAGUCUGCGCCAACUUCUCCGAUGACUACUGGAUGGAGCAUGACCAAACAGAGACGUAUCCGCACGAGCUUCACGCCGCCCUGGCCAAGGAUGGCUGGUUAGGCAUUGCUCUGCCCGAAGAAUUGGGCGGUUCGGGUCUAGGCAUCCAAGAGGCAACGAUGAUGCUGCAAACGAUCGCAGAAAGCGGAGCUGGACUGGCGGGUGCACAAAGUAUCCAUGCGAACGUCUAUGCCACCCAGCCCGUAAGUAAAUUCGCCACGCCGGAGCAGAGGGAUCGCUUUCUCCGCAAAAUCAUCUCCGGCGAGUGGCGGACAUGCUUUGGCGUUACGGAGCCCAACACAGGUCUGGAGACGCUGAAGCUGAGGACCACCGCCCUACCAACCUCUGACGGGUCUGGCUACAACGUCUCUGGGCAAAAGAUCUGGAUCUCAAGCGCGCAAGUAGCGACGAAGAUGGUACUCCUCGCACGAACCACACCUAUAGAAGAGGUCAAGAAGCCAAGUGAAGGCCUCUCCAUGUUCUACAUCGACUUCGAUCUUUCGCAACCAGGCCUAGAGGCCAAACGUAUCAAGAAGAUGGGCGGUCGCGCCGUAGACGCCAACCAAGUCUUCUUCGACAACUAUUUCAUUCCCAAAGACAGCCUAAUAGGAAAGGAAGGCCAAGGCUUCAAAAUCAUCCUCCACGGCAUGAACGCCGAACGCGCUUUACUCGCCGGCGAAGCCUUGGGGCUAGGUUAUGCGGCGCUCAAGAAGUCCUCCGAGUACGCGAAAGAGCGCGUCGUCUUUGGUCGACCUAUUGGUCAAAACCAAGCGAUACAACAUCCGCUGGCGUCGGCGUACAUGCAUCUCGAGGCGGCCAAGCUGGCGACGUACCAUGCGGCGCGGCUGUAUGACCGCAGCACUCCAGAUAACAAGGACUACGAUCCUAGUAUCACGCAACACCAGGUCGGCGUAGCGUGUAAUAGUGCGAAAUACCUCGCUGCCGAAGCUGCGUUUACGGCGUGCGAGCGGAGUGUUAUGUGUAUGGGCGGUAUGGGUUAUGCGCAAGAGUAUCAUGUCGAGAGAUAUCUGCGUGAAUGCUUCGUCCCACGCAUCGCGCCUGUUAGCAGAGAGAUGAUUAUGAACUUCGUCGGAGAAAAGGUACUCGGCUUGCCAAGGAGUUACUGA